AUGGGUGAAAUCUACGCUAGUUGGAAAAAUACAAUCAAUACUAUUCUGAUCAUCGACGACCAUCUCUUUAUCCUAAUGGAGGAGUGUCCUCUCCGUCCACCUGCCAAUGCUUCUCGAAUUGUUCGGGAAGCAUAUGAACGCUGGAAAAGGCUCAGGCAUGACACUCUCAAGUACAUCUUCAAUGCCUGUAUGCAAGAGGGGGCAUCAAUUCGAGAACAUGUUCUCAACAUGAUGAUCUACUUCAAUGUGGCUGAGAUGAAUGGGUCAAGCAUUGAUGAGGCCAACCAGGGGAAAGAAAAAGAUAUAGAAGAAAGAUUCCCCGAUGAAUUGCUGAUGUCAGUAGACAUUAAUGUUCCUGGUAUGUUGGACAUUGUGAACUUCAUCGUUUAA